AACCCGCCGCUUCCGUGUUGUUCUUGUGUUAUUUUGGUUGGAAUCGGUCGUCGGUGGCUCCGGGUUCGGCCCCGUCAUGAUCCUGUGAAGCUCGCGCGCACUUUCCUCCGUCUCCCCGCCGACAUGUCGCUGCUGCCGAGCUCCAAGAAGCGGGACAAGCGCAUUCUGUCCGGAACCUGCCCGGACCCCAAGUGCCAGGCGAGGCUCUUCUUCCCCGCGCACGGCUCCGUUAGCAUCGAGUGCACCGAGUGUGGACAACGACACGAGCAGAGGAACCUGCUGACCGUCGAGGAGGUCACGGAUCCGGAUGUCGUGCUCCACAACCUGCUCAGAAACGCCCUGCUCGGUGUCACCGGGGCCCCGAAGAAGGGGACGGAGCUGGUGAAGGUGAUGGGGCUGUCCAACUACCACUGCAAGCUCCUGUCUCCGGUCCUCACCCGGUACGGCAUGGACAAGCAAACCGGCAAGGCCAAGCUGCUGAGGGACAUGAACCAGGGGGAGAUGUUUGACUGCUCGCUCCUGGGAGACAGGGCUUUCCUCAUCGAGCCGGAACAUGUGUCCACCAUGGGCUACGGCAAGGACCGGUCCGGGAGCCUCAUCUACCUCCACGACACCCUGGAGGAGGUUAAGAAGGCCAACAGCAACAGAGAGUGUCUCAUUCCCGUCCAUGUCGAUGGAGACGGACACUGCCUGGUCCACGCUGUGUCCAGAGCGCUGGUCGGCAGAGAACUGUUCUGGCAUGCUCUGAGGGAGAACCUCAAACAGAACUUCAAGAAGAACCUGGACCGCUACAAAGCCCUGUUUCAGGACUUCAUCGACGCUGCCGAGUGGGAGGACAUCAUCAACGAGUGUGACCCCCUGUUCAUCCCGCCUGAAGGCGUGCCGCUCGGGCUGCGGAACAUCCACAUAUUUGGGUUAGCCAACGUCCUCCACCGACCCAUAAUCCUGCUGGACUCCUUGAGUGGAAUGAGGAGUUCUGGGGAUUACUCAGCCACCUUCCUGCCCGGCCUGGUGGCUGAGGAGCAGUGUCGGGGGAAAGACGGGAAGUUCAACAAACCCAUCUGCAUCGCCUGGAGCAGCUCCGGCAGGAACCACUACAUCCCUCUGGUGGGAAUCAAGAACACGGUGCUGCCCAAGCUGCCGGCCCGGCUGCUGCCCAAGGCCUGGGGCGUCCCCCAGGAGCUCAUCAGGAAGUACAUCAAGCUGGAGCAGGACGGGAGCUGCGUGAUCGGCGGGGAUCGCAGCUUGCAGGAUAAAUAUCUGAUGAGGCUGGUCAAUGCCAUGGAGGAGGUGUUCGUGGAGAAGCACAGCAUCCACCCAUCGCUGGUGGCUGACGUGCACCAGUACGUCUACAGACGGACCGGCGUGAUCGGCAUCCAGCCCGAGGAGGUGACUGAGGCUGCUAAGAAGUCAGUGAUGGAGAACCGGCUGCACCGCUGCCUGAUCUGCGGCGCCCUCUCCGAGCUCCACGUCCCACCGGAUUGGCUGGUUCCUGGUGGGAAGCUCUACAACUUGGCCAAAUCUACACACGGUCAACUGCGACCGGACAAGAACUACAGCUUCCCCCUUAACAACGUGGUCUGCUCUUAUGACCCCCAGCGGGACGUCCUCAUGGCAGACUACAAACUGAGCUCCCUCAACACCUGCAACUGGUGUCACGGCACGUCGGUCCGCCACAUCCGGGGCAGCGGGUCAGUGGUUUACUUGGACGGGGACAGAACCAACACCCGCUCUCUGGGGGGGAAAUGUGGAUGUGGGUUCAAGCAUUACUGGGACGCAAAAGAAUACGACAACCUCCCUGAAGCCUUCCCCAUCACGCUGGAGUGGGGGGGUCGGGUGGUGCGAGAGACUGUGUACUGGUUCCAGUAUGAGGCAGACACAGCGUUGAACAGCAAUGUGUAUGACGUCGCGAUGAAACUGGUCACCAAGCACUUUCCUGGGGAGUUUGGGAGUGAGAUCCUGGUGCAGAAGGUGGUCAGCACCAUCCUGCAUCACACGGCCAAAAAGAACCCGGACGAGUACAACCCAGUGUCCAUCGACGGGGCUCAUGUCCAGCGUCUGACGGACACCAGUGAGACCGAGCAGGCGGCGGACACCCAGCCGCCCACUAAGAUCAUCCUGACUGGUCCCAAAGCAAAGACGCUCCACAAAGAGGAGCUGACGAUGAGCCGGGCGGAGCGCAGCCUCCAGCAGAGCAUCAGCGAGCAAGCCUUCGUCUCCCAGAGGCGACUCACUGACAAGUUGAAGCAGGAGCAGAGAGGCCAGGGCCGGACGUCUUCCCCCGGGGGGUCUCCAGAAACAUCCUCCUCUUCGGCUCCAGCCACGCCCACCAAAUCCCCGUCCUCGUCCAAUAAGGAGAAGAAGAUCCGUGUGACCACCAGUGACGGCAGGCAGGCCAUGCUGACCCUGCAGGCCCAGACCUCCUUCUCAGAGCUGCAGAAGAGCAUCGCCAACCAGUUUGGCGUUCCGCCGCCGCAGCAGUGCAUCCGCUACGGCUUCCCACCCAAAGAGCUGGCCCCCCCGAAGCACGGUGAGGAGAACGAGCCUAUGGCGCUGCAGCACGGGGACAGAGUGUCAGUGGAGAUACUGAGGGGCCCCGAGGACAAGAGCCCCGAGGACAAGAGCCCCUCGGCUUCCAUCCCUCGAGCCUCCAGCUCACACGCCUCCCUGCACUCGGUGAAGAGCGAGGACGCCGUGACCUCCGGCAGGACGAGCACCCGGGAGCUGCAGGACAGCAUUGACCUUGAGAUGUCCUCCCUCUGUCUCCUUGCAACUUUGAUGGGUGAAGAUGUUUGGUCCUACGCAAAGAAGCUGCCGCACUUAUUCCAGCAGGGGGGGGUCUUCUACAACAUUGUGAAGAAAGACAUGGGCCUGAUGGACGGGAAGCACUGCACGCUGCCUCACCUCACCGGGAAAACCUUUGUUUACAACGCGGCAGAGGAGUGUCUGGAGCUCUGUGUGGACACUGCUGGUCACUUCCCUGUCGGCCCUGACGUGGAGGAGCUGGUGAAGGAGGCGUUGGUGCAGCUGCGCUCGGAGACGACCACCAGGGGCAGCAGAGAGGGCAGCCCGUCACACGGCCUGCUGCGGCUGGGCAGCGGUGGCGUCAUUCGCAAGAAGGAGCAGCUGCAGAACGUCAACGCCUUCCAGGGUAAAGGUCACUCCCUAGGCAGUGCCGGUGGCUCCUCCCCUCCUGAACACCGGCCUAUCACUCGCCAGCACAGCAGCGGCAUGGACCUGAGUGCCAGUGUGUCCAGAGGUCCACCCGACCUGUCGGACAUCCCCGAGGACGCCACCAGGGAGCUGGUCCGGAUGGCGCCCGGCUUCGUCACCAUGAAGGACAGUCGAGGUCUGGACCCCAGCCUGAUGGAGCAGCAGAGGAGGAAGCUGCAGGAGAUGGUCUCCUCCAUCCAGGCUUCCAUGGAGCGCCACCUGAGGGACCAGCAGGGUGCCGCCGCCUCAGGGGGCGGAGCCAGCCACGAUCUAACAGGCGGGACUAAGAUGGGCACGGGUCAACCAACGUCUACAGCCAGCCAUGCACCUCCAGCUGCAGCAGAGGUGUCUCCAGCUGGCAAAGCAGAUGAGACGCCAGAGGAUCCGGAGGAGAUGGACAGCCAGGAGUCCGGACAGCGCGGCGCCACCGAACCAAUGGAUCACUCCUGAUCCCUCCGGACCCUCCCCCCCGUGCUGACCCCGCCCCACCUGGCCAGCACCUGUGGGUCGUGACGCCUCAGGUCGGAUCCCAAAGCUUCGGUUCUCAUCGUGUUUCCUUUACUGCAUGACUAAAGAGCGGGCCGGCCGCCUCACCUCUCUGUGGCUGGAGGCGAAGAGGCAAAGAGGCGUCUGUGACACGUCAUCGAUACGUUCACACAUUUCCACAGUUCUGUUGCAGUCUGACGUUGUUGCUGUGUUUAAACUCUAUGCACUUUGUUACACACUCUGUCUCAGCUGUCUACGCCACAACAUCACGUAGUAAAUAAUAAAUGCAGCUUCUGAUUUAUUAACGCGUUUGAAAGAAAUUCUUUUGGCUUUUAGGAAAAGUUGUUCCUCUGUAUUUGAUUAUAUAUCUUGAAUGAUGAUCUCACAAUAUAUCUCAGAGUCUGUAUGACGACAGAAUUGUAUCUUAAUCCCUGUGAUUCCCACCUGCAGACGUCUGAUCCUCUCGCGAUAAACAUGCAGCGUUAACACCAGAGGACAAGUCGUUCGCAGACUGUGUGUCUGUGUGUGUGUGUGUGUGUGUGUGAGAGAUAAGCACCUGUGUAUAUAGAAAAAUACCUUGACUCUUAAUCUGCCACCAGGAGGAUAACUGCUGGUUCACGGCAGUGUCGUGUCCUGAGAACACUCCUGACACGUGAGCUUCUACACCGAGCUUCUCCAACCUCCACCACCUACUGGUGAGUAACAGCAGCUGCAGUUCUGACACUAGCGCCACCUGCAGGUAAAGGGUGUUACUGGGUUUUCCCCACGUGUGUUUGUAUUGCCUCUUUUAAAGGAGCAAUACAUAAAUAUUUGCUAAUUGCUCGUUGACCAUCACCACAGACGGAUUCCAGUAAGAAAACGUACAUACAGCAACUUUUAAACAUUUAUUUUUACAUCUUAAACCUGGAAAGAUUAAAGGUAGUUUACUGCUGAGUCAUGUGCCCUCUACCCACAGGCAAGCCAGUACCUCUAUGGUGACUAACACAUUAACAUAGAUCUCAAAACUGACGGGAUAUAUAUUUCAAAUCAUUUAAAAAAGUUAACCUAUAAUCAGACAAGUGUUUAUUUUAACACUGUUUAUGUAAGAAUCCCAUUUAUUGGGCACAACCUCUUUAAAACCAGAUUUCUCAAAGAAAACUGUUGUAAUUGUGGUUUAAAAAAAAGGAAUAUUUGAGGUUACACAGUAGAAUCAAUACACCUUUUGUUAUUCGCCUUGAAAAAAGUAUUAGCUGAGCUCAUGAUAAACUUGAGGAGGUAAAACACACACGCAGUAACAUUAAAAGAAUUCUGCUGUCGCCCUCAUUACCUGCUCGUGACACAGUGUUGGACUUUCAGCUCCUGAGAACAAAGCGUUGAACCAGAGAAACCUGUCAAACUGAGCGGAGCAGUAAAAGCUGCUCAUCGUCGCAGGAGAACCUCGUAAAAGAAUCUGAAAAGAAUCUGUUUGCUUCCUGAAGGAAUUAAAUGUUCAUGAAGGGAAAAAGCAACAGCAGAAAUAUGUCUUCAUUUCUUAUUUCUAACGAUUUUAGUUGUGAUUCCAAAGUCCAGAGGAACUUGGUUUUAAAUUGACUGCUUUUCUGAACUUGAUAAAAACACGUGUUGUUUUUCACUCAGAAGCCACAAAUCGUUUGUUUUUAUCACCAGGAGAAACUGAAGUCAGCAGCUUGGGUUCUUGAUUGUUUAGACAAAAGUCCCACGUUUUACACACCUGGACACGGAGACUCCAUUAAAGGAGGAGGUUGAGCUUUGGAGGAAACUCUUCUUCUCCUGCUCAGAUUGACUCAGAUCAACUCUGGUGUUAGUUCGUUCCAGACUGUGGACGUGAUGCUCAGCAGCUCUGUGCUAUGUACAGACUUCAGCCUGGUGUCGAUCAGAAACAUCCAGCUCUCAGCAAGAAGGAGAGAAACUCUUAUUCCUAAAAAAAUCCAAAUGUUAAGACUGAAUGUCUGUUUACACUUUUGUUGCCAACAACACGUCUGCGUUGCUGUUGAGUGCUGAGGCUUCGACAGAGGAGCUGAUCCUCAGGCCUUAAAACCAGUUUGUUUCACACUGAAGUGCUUUGAUCCCAAGCUCAGUUGAUUUCAACUCAACCUUUGAUCCCAAUCUGUUAGUUUGAGAAGAGGAAGAACUGAUCCCUCAGUCAGAAGAAGACUCUGGUGUAACAAGCUUUUCUUUGUGACUGCUGUACUAAUGACAUGAGUUGUGAUCCACUUGUAUAAUAGUGUAUAAUGUAGAAUAUUUGGACUUGUACAGAAACAGAUGGUUCGGUUCCUUCAGCUUGUUUUGUGUUCACUUCUCUCUGGUUUGCUGAUAAAAUAUUAAUGAUUCAGUUUCAACCUCCUGUUUGCAUGUGUGAGGAAUUUUCAACCCCAACAAUAAAAACACUUAAUUCA